GCGUUUGAAGUCGCCUUGUGUGUAUUUCUUCGAGCCCGGUUCUAGUAAUGUUACGCAGCGGUGGAGUGUUUCAGGCAAGGGAUUCUACACUGAAAUACUUCAGAACCUAGUAAAAAGUUCGGUUGCGCAGGAGGAGACCGGCAGUGCAGGUGAUCUGAGAACAUGCCUUUUCUACAUGGUUUCCGGAGGAUUGUCUAUGAGUACCAGCCCCUGGUGGACUCGGUGCUGUGUGCGCUGGGGCUUGAGGAAGGUGCGAGUCCUCGGGAGAGGAGCAGCGGUGCGGGGAAUAUGGACCUCCUUGUGGAACUGCUAGAGAAGGAGUCCCGGUCACCCAUGUUUGAGGAAGGUGUCAGCUACUCCCUGUUCAAAGUCGCUGAGCGCGGCCUGGUACCUGCCGCUGAAGUUCUCCUGCGCUAUGGGGCUGAUCUGAACUUUGAGGAUCCUGUGUCCUACUACAACCCCCUACACAUUGCCGUACUCAGGAACCAGCCCCGAAUGGUGCAGGCGCUGGUGCGCUACGGGGCUGACAUCAAUAAAAGAGACCGGAUCCAUGAGAGCAGCCCCCUGGACCUGGCUGGCGAGGAGUCCGAACGACUUCCCUGCCUCCGCGUGCUGCUCGACCUGGGUGCCGAUGUCAAUGCUCGAGACAAGAAUGGGAAAACUGCUCUGCUCCAUGCUUUGGCAAGCAGUGAUGGGCUCACAGUCCGCAACACCGACAACAUCCGACUGCUACUUGAGAAAGGUGCUGACGUGCGGGCGGCCACACAGGAAGGUGAGACACCUGUGUCUACUCUCGUCUUCCUGGUGAAGGAGGCACUCGAGGGCACUCAGGAGGACGCCUCUGAGAUUGGACGCUUCUGCCUGGGUGUGACACGGCUGCUGCUGGCUCACGGCGCCGAUCCCAGUUGCUGCCUUGCCUUUGGAGACUCCGAGGACGACGAGGAGGCGGGGGAGGCUUCCCUUAUGCAGACCUGCCUGGAGUAUUUUGACCUGCUCUUUCCUCUGGCUGUACUGCUGCUGCAGAGCGGUGCCCUCUUCCGCUGCUCCCGCCAUGGCGCUCGGUGCUGGAUGGGCCACCGCUUAAUUUUUGACAGGCUGGGCUCCACCCUCUGGGCCAGCUCAGACCCAGUGCUGGCAGCUGAUCUCCUGACUAAGGCGGAACUUCUCCUUGACCUGGCGCUGGUCUCCUCGCCUCACUUGCCCCUGCCCCAGGCGGUAGACAUGCCCCUCGUGGAACAGGACUCCCGGUUUCAGGGGUUGCUGGACCUGCAUGGCCUGUCCCGGGGCCAGGAUAUGGGCCCCCCUCCUCUGCGCUGUAUGUGCCGGGCCGUCAUCCGGCACCACCUGCAGCCAUGGAACCUGGAGAGUAAGGUGAAGGCGCUGCCCCUGCCGGACAGUCUGAAGGAGUAUCUGCUGCCUGCCCCCAAGCCUUUGCCCAAGCUGGGGCCGGACUGCUUCAAGCCACACCGCACCCUGCGCUGAUCAACCCUUCUCCUUAGGACUGACCACAGGGGGCGUCGCUGGAUAAGCAUUUGCAGCACCUUGUGCCUCCGAGGUUUCGAAAGCCACAAUGAUGAUCUCUGUGGGUGGGGCAGCAAACUUUAACUUGUAACCAUGGAGGCCUUCGAGCUGCCACUUAUUACAGAGACUCUUUUGUUUGGACUGUGCCAACUAAGGUUGCCGUUCACGGACACUCCUCUCUGGCAGUGAUGUUGAUCAGUGUGAAAGUGAGCGAGUGUCAGGGACUUGAUUUCUGCUGUCGGGAAAAUGGAGAUGAACUGUGCGCGUCACUGAUGUGCUUGUGAUCAAGGUGAACCGUUGCACUUGUGAAGGAUCAGAGUGUGUGUUCACCAUGUCAAUAAAACUCUAUCAACUUAGGUUACUUUUUUCUUUCCACAAAAUGUUCCAAAGGUGCGAGUCCACGCGUUG